UUUGUAACUAUUUCUCGUUUUAUGUGCAAGUGUAUUUGCAAAAGAUGUUGGAAAAAUAAAUGCAUACUAUUUUUAUUGAAAAGAAAUGCUGGCAACAGGUGUGAAUUUUUUAAAGUUGUUGACGGUUCUACAAGAGUCUGAUCCUAUUCCUCUAUGCUAAAAGAGCGUCCGGCCAUGAUCAAUUACUUGUAUGAUAUUGUUGAAAAAAUUGGGAACUAUACAUAUUCUUCUUUGCAUCUGGAAUAUUUGGAGCAGUACGUAGAUAUCUAUUUUGUUUCCUGGCUCAUAUGGUUGUUCACACCAAUAGUGGUUGCAUUCCUUUUUCCAUUUGUCCUUUUCAUCUUUUGUUUCCUGUGUGCCCUUUUUGUCCGUGUGUAUCGGUUCAGGUAUCGAUUGCGUGAUGCGUAUAGCAGAGAUGUUUGGGACGGUGCUAGAAACACAUUAGCAACGGCAUGGGAUACCUUGGGCUGGAUAUGGCAUGGGUAUGAAAUUGUUGGAUUGGAAAAUAUUCCAGAGUCUAAAGAAGGAGGAGCUUUGUUAAUAUUCUACCAUGGUGCCAUACCCAUUGAUUAUUAUUUUAUUCUAGCAAAAACUAUUCUUAUUAAAAAGAGAUGUAUUAGAUCAGUUGGAGAUCAUUUUCUCUUUAAAAUACCUGGCUGGAAUUUGUUGAUGGAUGUCUGCCAUGUGUUUUCUGGCUCCUUCAACCUCUGUGUUCAGUAUUUGAAAGAGGGUCAUUUAGUUGCUUUGGCUCCAGGAGGAGUUUUAGAAGCUCAGUUUGGAGAUGAAGAGUAUCAUUUGAUAUGGGGGAAAAGAAUUGGGUUUGCAAAAGUUGCACUAGAAGCAAAAGUGCCCAUAAUUCCUAUUUUCACCCAGAAUUUAAGGGAAUCUUUCAGAUCUCUCAAAACAGGAAGCCGCUGGCUUCGAAAAUUAUACGAGAAAACUAGACUUCCAGUUGUGCCUAUUUAUGGUGGCUUCCCUGUGAAAAUGAGAACAUAUAUUGGCCCUCCUAUUCCAUAUGAUCCCAAUUUAAGUCCUGAAGAAUUAGCAGACAAGACUGCUAAAGCCAUUGAAAAGAUGAUAGUCAUGUAUCAAAGAGUUCCAGGAAGCAUUCUUAAGGCUCUUCUUGAUAGGGUAUAUGAAACGCCAAAGCAAAAGAAUGUGUAA